UGGUAACGAUAUAAGAAGGAUCGUAGAAUAACGAAGUAUAUCGCUCAAUCGUUCCAAUCAGAAUAACAGAGGGUCUGUUUUUCUAUCCCUGAAUCCUCAUUCUAUUCUGCUUUCAAACUAUUGUAAAUUAUUUUCUUUCUAAAAUGGAUAAGAAGAAGUUAAGCAAAGAAGAAAAAGUUGGUUCUGAUGGAUUAACCAAAAAAGAACGAAGAGCUUUGAAAGUACAAGCUAAACAGACUGAUGAUAACAAGGCAGAGUUAAGAAUUAAUCAGAAAAAUAAAAUUCAAGAGGAGGGUUCCCCAGAAGUGAAAGUAAAAGAGAACAUAUGUGCACUAGGAGAAGCUGCCCUCAGCUCUUCAGAAAAAAAUGAUAGUUUAAGUGAAAAACAAAAAAGGAAGCUGGAGUGGGAAAGGAAACAGAAAGAACAAGGCAAUCAGAUCAAUAAAGGCGAGAAGGAAGAUUUAUCUAAAGCAGAACUAAGAGCUAAAAGAAGGGAAAUUCAAGAAGUACAAAGGCAGGCCAAAAUUAAAGCUGAAGCUGAGAAAAAUAAGGGUAGUCCUAAAAAAAAAGCAGAUGAAAACAAAGUUAAAGACGAACAACUUACUUCAAAAAAUGAUUCUUUGAGUAGAAUACCUAAUUCUUCCGUUCAAGAAUCUAAGAAUAUUAAUUUGUUCAACCAUCUUCUUGCCUCUAGAUUUGAAUCAAAUGAGGAAGCAUAUCCAGCAGUUGUGCCUGAUAUUCAUCCAGCUUUCAUAAAUUUUGGAAUAUUGUAUUCUACUGGUGAUGUACUUGGGUCUAAUGAUAAAACAGCUAAAUUUCUUUCAGCUAUUAAAAAUUUGAUUUACAAUUUAAUAGUUCCCCCUGGGGAAGAAUUCUGUAGAUAUCUUGAAGUAGUUCUUGAUAAGUGUGUAUACUUCUUACAAAAACGUAAACAUGUAUCAUUCUCAAUGUUGAAUUCUUUAAAGGCUUUCAAGGUUUUUCUAACUCAAUUAGAUAAGACCCUUUCUGAUGAUGAGAAAAAAGAAUCUCUUUCAGAGUACAUAGAUACUUAUAUUCAAGAACAAAUAAUUACUGCUGGUAUUGCCAUUAGCUUGAGGGUUGAGGAAAAAAUUUCAAAUAAUGAUGAAAUAUUGGUUUAUGGCUGGUCACCUGUAAUAUUCAAUAUAUUGGUGGAAACUUAUAAGGAACACAAAAAAGAUUUUAGUGUUGUUAUUGUUGAUAGUAGACCGUCAUUUGAAGGGGAUGAAAUGUUGAAAAAUAUCUCUGCUGUUGGAAUUAAACAUAAAUAUGUUAUGCUUCAUGCCUUGAGUCAUGUGAUGCCUUUUGUAAAUACAGUAUUAUUAGAAGCUGAUGCAUUGUUGACUAAUGGUUAUCUCAUAUCAAAAGCAGGUACUGCCCAAAUUGCUAUGAUGGCACAAGCACAUAGUAAACCUGUUCUUGUUUGUUGUGAGACUUACAAGUUUACUGAGAGAGUACAAACUGAUGGUAUGAUGUGCAAUGAGCUUGGAAAAUUAGAUUUGCUUUUAGAGAACAGAAAGCACCUGAAUCCUGUGCCUAAGGAAGAAAAAAGUAAACCAACCCUUUUCAAUCUCUUGUAUGAUGUGACACCUUCAGAUUUAGUAACUGCAGUUUUGACAGAGUUGGCCAUAUUACCAUCUUCUAGUGUACCAGUUGUAUUGAGAAUAAAACCUCAAGAACUUUAAAUGAAUGAUAUUUUUAGUGUAUAUAAUUUUAUUCUGACUUGUUGCAGAACUCAUAUUAAUUGAAUAAUAUCGAAGAUAAUAAAUGAUCCCCAUUUGUUGAA